UGAUAACGAUGAGAAAGGCGUGGAGGGAGAGGGACCGAGGGGGGGUAUUAUGAAGAAUGUUGUUUUUAUGGAGGAAUUUCGAAUUGAGAGGGAAGAGUUGAAGAAGGAGAGAGAGGAAUUGAAGAAGGAGAGGGACGAAUUGAGAAAAGAGAGGGAAGAGAUGAGAAGGAAAGAAGCAAUGUUUGCUGAGAGGGAGAGGUUGCUGAAUGAGAAAGAACAAUUGAAGAGGGAGAAGGAUUUAUUUUUUGAGGACAAGGAAAAGUUAGUGAAUGAGAGGGAGGAGUUUAUUAAGGAGAAGGAAUGUAGUCAUACACGGAGGGGAUGUUUUGUGAUGGAGGAGGGUGAGGAGUUGAGGAAGAGAGGGGAAGUAAAUGAUAUUGAAGAUAAAGAACUUGGACAUGGGGACCUAGAUGUGCAAUCGUAUAGUAAUGUCAAAGGUAAUGUAUUGAAUGCAUCCACUUCUCAUCCUAUUUAUGAAAGGAGAACCAAAAGGAUACCGAAGCCGUCAUAUUACAAGAUUUCUCCGUACUUGUCCCUGUCUGCAUUCGAUACAACCCCUGCGGCGGUUCCCGAACCCGAGCAAGUAACAGCUUUUGCAACUUCUCCGAUACCAUUUCCUCUACAGAUGGAUCCUUUCAGGAUACUAUCCGCACAUGAGGUAAAAGAGGCAGAGGACUGGUAUGAAGCAAACAAGGCCAUGACAGCGGAAAAAUGGUUCAGUACGAUAUGGCUGAAAGAUGCGUGGGUUGAUAGCGAGGCUAUCGACACAUACAUCGAGUUCCUUGAGAAAAGGCAUAACGACCUUUCAAUAGCAUAUCCUCAAGAUUGCAAGUUCUGUCCUACGUAUUUUACGCAAAGCCUUGAGGGGUGUUUGCCUAUUUUGAUUGCAUACCAGGCCUCCAAAUCGGCGUUAGAACGGGCCCAGCUAUUAGGUCAGAUGGGUACAGCCUACGCAAUUGCCAAGCAGUGA